CUGCUGGAGAAAUGAUGCAAAUGGACGGCUGCUUUGACAUUGAGAGUUAUGAACAGAAGAGUUACUGUAAGACAGCAUCUCUUAUUGCCAACUCCCUGGCAUCUACUGCGGUACUUGCGGGUUUUCCAAACACCGCCUAUGAAGAGGCAGCGGCGAAAUUUGGAAAGCAUUUGGGCAUUGCAUUUCAAAUUGUCGAUGAUUGCUUGGACAUCACUGGGGAUGAUAAAAAUUUGGGGAAACCAAAGAUGGCGGACAUGGCAGAAGGCAUUGCAACACUUCCAGUUCUUCUUGCUGCACGAGAGGAAACGCAGGUCUACGAAGCAGUACGGCGUCGUUUUAAAAAUCCAGGUGACACGGAGAUGUGCAUGGAGGCGGUGGAGCGUCACGGGUGUGUUGCUGAGGCUCUUGAACAUGCAGGCGAACACUGUCGUCGUGGCGUUGAAGCACUUCAUGCGCUUCAUACAUCCCCCGCAAGAGAUUGUCUUGAGGCUGCGAUGGGACUGAUUUUAACGCGACAAGUAUGA